AACAAGGGUUUAAGAGGUCGCCUGAGUUCAUAUUUAUACGAGAGAGUGUAGUAUUGCCCAGUCUAGGGUUUCCAAAGCAUUGCAUUGCAUAAUUCUCAUUUAACAGCCAUGAUUAUUACUGAGAAGAAUCGUAAGGAGAUCUGCAAGUACCUCUUCCAAGAGGGUGUAUGCUAUGCGAAGAAAGAUUAUAACCUUCCCAAGCACCCCGAGAUAGAUGUUCCAAACUUACAAGUUAUUAAGUUGAUGCAAAGCUUCAAAUCGAAGGAGUAUGUGCGAGAAACUUUUGCAUGGCAGCACUAUUAUUGGUACCUUACCAAUGAUGGAAUUGAACACUUGAGGACUUACCUAAAUCUUCCAUCAGAAAUUGUGCCCGCUACCUUAAAGAAAUCUGCAAAGCCCCUCGGUCGUCCCUUGGGCGGCCCACCUGGUGAUCGUCCACGUGGCCCAUCUCGUUUUGAGGGAGGUUCAAGGUUUGGCGAUCGUGAUGGAUACCGUGGAGCUCCUCGUGGGCCUACUGGUGAUUUUGCUGGUGAAAAGGGAGGUGCCCCAGCAGACUUCCAGCCUUCUUUCAGGGGUGCUGGUGGAAGAGCUGGCUUUGGUCGCGGGGGUGGAGGAUAUGGCGGUGCCGAACCUCCUAGCUCAAGUUUCUCUUGAAUCUUUGUAUUUGAAGGUCUAGUUUAGCUUCUUCAAAAGUCUUUAAGAACUGACAUGCUCUUUAAUUUCACUGCCCAGGGAAUUUUGCAAGAUACUAAAGUGUUUAGAUCUUGAUGUUAAUGAAUCGAGUUCUUGGAAUGUCAUAUUUUAACUAGUUUAUUACUGUUUAA